AUGGUAGAACACGAAAGUGGGCGUCGGACUAACAAGGUGAGCGAGCCGAAGAGCGAUGGCUCCCAGAGCUAUGGGCUGUUCCAGAUCAACGACAGGUACUGGUGCAGCAACACUGACACGCCUGGCAAGGAUUGUAACGUCACUUGUAAUGAGCUUCUGUCCAAAGAUAUAACGAAGGCGGCAAAUUGCGCCAAGAUGGUUUACCGGAGAGACGGUUUCUACACUUGGGAUGGCUGGAAGAAUCACUGCCGGAAAAAACCCCUGCCGGAUAUCGGAUGCUGCAAGAAA